UGUGUUUUCACCCUUUCUAACAAGAAAUGUUUUUAUACAGCCACUGCCGGGAGGCUAGGACUUGUUUUGCAGGAUCUGCUGGUCUCAUUAUAUUUCCGUUUCAUAGGGAGUCCCUUUUUAUUACUUUGGUUCUCUUUUCCGAACCGACCCGAUUUUGGGCUCGACUUUUCAGAGCCUGAGGCAAGAAAUAUGAGAACCAAAGAAAUAUAAAGGGACGGCCUUAGAUAGGCCGAGGCCGCCUAGGUACUUGUAAAAGGUCGAGAUAUUAUCCAAAAUGUUAUCUGGAUGAUCUUCUAUAUAAUUUAGGCUCAGAAUUCAGUUUAUUCCUAAUCAAUUAUCUUUUAUCAAUGUUUAGACUUAGUAGGUUAAUUUCCAUAACCUCUGUGCCCUUUAUGCCGUUGUUGACGAUAUGGUCUUUUGUUUGCGUCUUACUAUUGGUUGAGAGUUUUUUGGAAGUUCAAGAAUUAGAAAUACUUGGAGUUGAGCUGAUCCAAUAAUAACAAGGGGCGCAGUUUUUAACAGCAAAAUCUAUUCAUUGCGUGCAAUCAAAAUCAUUUUGCAGUCACUUCAAAUUUAUGCUCAAAAAGCCAUAAAACACUAGCGGGGUUCACUAGUAUAAGCGUCCAUAAUUGUAACCAUUUUUAUAUUUGAUUUCUCACGAGAACAACACAAAUGAUUUCUCAAUCCCUGCCACUCACCGGAAUGGAACGGUCUGGCGUCACUGGUGUACACCGGCGCGCGCCAGAUGAACAAAGUGUAAGUGGAACACGUGGUAGCCUGCCCUACACUCCUGCCGUACUGAAUUACGAAGGAAGGCCAAGCGGCAGUACUAUUUUUGGCAGCACUUUUGGAUUUGUUUUGUUGUGUUGUUGGAAACGCAAAGAACCGUGAAUUUAUUAUGUCCAGGUUUUCAGCUCUGCGGAUCUGCCGAUCAACGUUCUGUAUUUGUACCGGCUGAUUUCAUGCCACUAAAAGUGACUGCUGCGAGAUUUGAGGUCCCAACUAUUGGAGCAAACAAAAACAUGGCUAAAGAAUGCAGCAAGAACCACGGAGACCGGUUGUCAUGGAAGCCUCCACAUUGCUUCUCGGUUCUGUUGAUGUUAUGUUUCACUUUUGGGAGCGGUGAAGCCAGCUGUAGCUUACUGAAUAAAAAUGGCAGUAGCACUACCAUGCAGUUCACCAGUCUGGACACGGUCAAGCAGCACGUCACCAAACAGGGCUAUCAGGCAAUCUCCUGUGAAGUUGUCAAUUUCUGCCACGUCCGCUGGUACCGCCGCCGCCACCUCACCGGGCAGAGGGAACCCUACCCUUGGGACCUGGGCAAGUUCACCGUCUUCUUCCUGGAAGAUGACAACCAAACGCUCAUCUUCAAGUCAGCGGAUGAGACAGCCAAGGGAUUUUACGAGUGUGAAGUGUCCAAUAGCACGCACAAUAUCACCAGACGAACUCAGCUGACAGUGGACAAGAGGUUCUGGAUUGGUGAACCACUCCAGCUCCAACACCAGCUCUGCCACAACCACACGGCAGUGGCAGCCGGCGAGAACGUGACCUUGCUCUGCAAGUUCUACGUGGGCGCCCUCCGGGACUUCACCACUGUGUACUGGCAGCGGCCCAACAUGUCCCUGCCCAUGGAGCAGUGGUCCAGCUGCGGUAAUGGAUCGGACUGGCUGCUGGUUAACCAGCUGCAUGAGAUUUCCCACGACACCACGUACCGCUGGACGCCAAUACGGAUGGAUGACAACUCUAGUGACGCGGUACCGUGGGUGGGCAGCAAGCUUGAGAUUAUCAACGUGAGCGAGGAGGCAUACGGGAUUUACUGCGUCAUCGCAAACAACGGCGGUCAUUGGUCACGUGACAUUCUGAUGCUCAGCCCACCAGAAGAGCCCCCUCAGCCUGAUAAUUAUCACGCAUUAGCCGUGGCCAUCUUUGUAUCAUCUUUCAUCUUCGUUGCCGUUUUGUUCCUGACGUGGAAGAUGGUGGCACUGGACGUCAAACUGUGGUACCAGGGCCACUACGGCAACACUGAACAAAAUGAUGGGAAGAUGUAUGACGCCUAUGUGUCCUACAGCUGGUCAGACAAUGAUCGACAGUUUAUCCUUCGCGUCAUCAUGCCGUAUCUUGAGAAGUACGGCUACAGGCUCUUCGUUCCAGAAAUACACACGGUUCCUUCAAAUGUUCUGUUAGAGGAGCUUAACCGAGCCAUGGAAGCCAGUCGUCGCUGCAUCAUGCUCAUCACACCCAGUUACACCAUCUCCGAGUUUGGUAAGUACGAAGUAGAGCUGGCCGCUGACAUCAUGUCCUCCAGGUUGUCUGAGCGCAUCAUCCCAGUUUUCUUGGGCGUGUCUCCAUUCAGCGACCCGUCGCCGCUGAGCGGCUCAGAGCCAUCGUUGUCAUCUGCGUCGUCAUGUUCAUCCUCAACCCUGCCGUCAUCACCUUCCACAUCCUCACAGCCAUCGUCGUUGUCAUCAGACUCAGGAAAUCACUCCACCUCCGAGACGUCUCCCGACUCUCUCUCCUCCUGCUCCUCGGCUAGCUCCAAGCCAGUCAAGAUCGACUUCAACAUUAGCCCACUCCUUGGGCAACUGAUCAAAGUCCUGAAGCCCCUGAAGACCAGCAGGAAAGAACCCCACAUGCUCCGCAAUCACACCAGGUUCCUGAAGAGGUUGCGACUCCGCAUGCCCAGACCCCCGGCCGGGAAUGGCGUGGUGAUUCCACGCCAAGAGGUCAUCAUGGAGACAAUGUCACAAACUAGUGACCUGGUGGACAAUGAAGUCCUGCCCGACGGAAGAGAGGAAGGCAUGGAUUUCAGAAUGCAGACCUUCCCACGGUUGUACCCAGUGGUACCCGAUGGGGACACACAGAACGAAGACGUGGCUGGGGGUGUAUACCCAGUGGAGAUCAAUGCAGAUCCCACUUCUGACACCAGCAUGUCCUGGAAUCCUUAGAAGCAUGGAUUUCAGAAUGCAGACCUUCCCACGGUUGUACCCAGUGGUACCCGAUGGGGACACACAGAACGAAGACAUGGCUGGGGGUGUAUACCCAGUGGAGCUCAAUGCAGAUCCCACUUCUGACACCAGCAUGUCCUGGAAUCCUUAGAAGCUCAUCGACCCCAAUGGGAAAAGUUGGUGGGUCGAUAUGAACUUUAAUUAACUUGCUGAGAAGUCAUAGUCUCAUUUGGAAUCUUAGGCUUGUCUUUCCAAAAGUUAAAAAUGUCACAGACUCUUUUACUUGCAAUUUUUGAAGAGAAGUUAGUUUGGAUCUUAUGUUAAGAUAUUCUGCAACUCUGUAUGUUUAUGAGAAAUUCUUGAAGAUUUCUAUUUUCAUGUUUCAUAAUUUUAACAAAGAUAAUGUUACGUUAAUUUGUCCACCUACUGAAAUAAUCAGUACCCUUGAUACAUGUUGACUUUUGUACCAUUUAUGUAUGGUUAAUAACGCAGUAAAAAUACUUAUAUAUUUUUUUUAGAUUAAAAUGACUAGGCCCUAUAAUAUAGGAGUUAAGUCAUUCUCUAUAGUACUUGGAUUUGAAAAUAUGUACAUGUGCGCAUUUGUAGGCCAUUAUUAGAGAUACUUUAUAAAUGAAAAUAUAAAUUGCUUCGAGGUGUUGUUAAAAAGCUGACAAACUAAAUUGAGUUGAAAUGUAUAUAGACAAAGCAUCAUUGAUCUUACAUAAAUUCAAACCAUGUAAAAGAGACGUCGUUUUACAGUACUUAUGAAGACCUGCAGCUUUGACAAUAAGCCUUCCUUGUGUUUUAUAUAAGAACAGGAGUUAGAACUGUGCUCCAAAUAUGGGUUUUAACACAGGUUAAACUGCCGGUUGUACACAUGGCAAUACAUUGCAGAAAAUAAAACCUCUCGAACUUUACCCAUUCUUUCCUCAAUAUGCAAAUAAGGCUUCAGAUCCUUCAACAUAAAUAUUUUACAGAGUCUAAAAAAAAGUGCACCGAGCUUGUCUGAUUUGCAUAUUGGUGGUCAAAGUCGUUGGCGGCAACGAAUUGACGCUUGUGUAGUUUAAUCAAGCAAAGGGCAGGCGUAUAAUGCCAUCAGAUGAUUCGUUAUCGACAUUCAGGCCGCCGCGGCGAUGACAGUUUUGAUGAUGUUUCAGUUGCGUACUUAUUGCUUCUGAUCAGUGAUUAGAUAUCUGUUGUUAACUCCUUGUCGAUUCUAAAAAAAAAAAACUGGUUGUGAGAGUAUCUCACAACCAGUUUGGAGAGUGUCUAGCCUUUGGUGACGGAAUAAAUUAUCUAAUGCAAAUAGUUGACAUCCGUGUACUCUGUUUCAAAUGUCGAGAAAACGCUUUCGCAACUGGAUCUUUCAAUUGACGCUUCAUCAGUGAAGCUUCCAAUUAUUCAUUUUGCAAUUGGUUUUGAAACAUUGUUUAUAGCUUUUGUUCCUUUUGAUUGAGUUUUCGACUAGUCAAAUGUAUGUUGAUACUUUUGUUGGUAUUUUUGGUAUGUUGAUAUUUUAUUCGUUCUCCUAACGAAUUAUGAAUUUUGUAUAUUUGAUUAAAAGGGAAUUUUAAAGCUGUUUUUCUGUUUCAGGCGUUUUCAAGCACAUGCAUGAACUAUUGCCAAGCCGCAGAUAAUUCGAAAUUCGUUCAGAAAAUAUUCCACAAGUAAACAUGGCCAAAACUUUUUGCGAUUUCUCAUUAAUGAGUUUUGUAUUGCGAGAAAAAAAUAGCAAGUUUAAGAGCCUGUCAUCUUUUUCCGGGGUGAAACUCAAAAAUAGCAUGAGGAGAAGCAACUUUAACUUUGUACAAGAAAUGUGAGCAUAGGUGGCCCUAUACACACGCCCACACUAAAUAAAAAGCCUCAAAUCUCGUAUAAAAAUGUUUUGUUGAGUAAAUUGACUUUUGCAAA